CUGGCGGCGUGCGGCUAGGUGACUCUAGUGUAACUCUUUUGUCUCGGUAAUACGAGUUAUCUUUCGAAAAAAAAAAGUAGAAAUGGAAAAAGAAAAUAAAAAAAAAAUUGUAAGGAAAAGGGAAAGGGAAUUUGGGUGCUGCAUGGCGCAGGAUGAGACUGGUGUCUGUCACUGUCAGUCAUCGUCUUUCCCGCUCCCUCCGAGGCAGGCGAAGAAUUCCCAUAACAACCUGAAGCAAUCUGUAACCCUAAUUCCCAAAUUCAUUUCCCUGCUAUAACAAUCCCCCGAAAUUCAACCCCAUUUGAUGUUCGCCUACUGAUUCCCCAAACCCUCCAUGGAUCCUCGCCGACCUCCGCGCACCGUCCCGGACCCCAAGGUCCGCCACGUCGGCUUCUUCGCUCCCGGGGCCGACGCCCCGCCACCGCCGGACCGCUCCAACUCCGCCCCACCCGAUCCCCUCUCCUCUUCCCCUCCCGCCGCCGCCCACCUCACGCCUCCGGGCACCUCCAUCUCCCCCGUCAUGAUUCCUCCUCCGCGCCAUUCCGCCGCUCCUCUGUCUCCUCGCCGCCGCGACUCCUUCAUCGUCGGGAGUUACAGCGGCAAGAGGUUCCUGGAUGUCGGCUCUCCAACCGCAUCCACCGCCUCGGCUACCGACGACUGGGCCUUGCCAACUUCUGCCGACUCUGCUUGGGUGGGAGAUACGGUUGGCGCGGGCGCCAGUAGCUUGCCCCCUGUAGGCUCUGCCGCCAUGAUUGCCAAAGGCCUGGCCAGCAGUGUCCCGGCGACAGCCGGAUUGACUGCCGUUUCUAAUGUCCACCGUUCGGCUGGUGUUUCGGGGAAGCCUAGUGGAGCAGCAAGUAAAGUACAAGGUGACAAGCCUAAACAGUCAAAACCUUUGAAAGAGAAAACCACGAAAGCUGAAAGGCGCGCACUUCAAGAAGCUCAGCGGGCUGCAAAAGCAGCAGCUAAAGCAGGCGUUGGUGGCAAGGCGUCGGUUCAUAUGUCCGAGGUUGUGCUUGCUUCAGAUGUGGAGUCCGUUGAAGUACCAAAGGCUCAUUUCCAGAGAAACGAUAUUGCUGCAGUUAAUGAGAAGAAGGUAAUUGACCGCCAACUAGAAAAAGACAGGAAGAAAGACGUCCCUCAACCACGCAUGCAGUAUGAUGACAAGAGUCGAGUCGAGAAGGCCAAAAAACGUGCUGUGCUAAAACAGACAGAGGCUAGGAACAGAGUUGAGUUGUUCAGACACUUGCCUCAAUAUGAGCGUGGGACACUACUUCCUGAUCUCCAGUCGAGGUUUUUCCAACUUGAUCCAGUGCACCCUGCUAUCAGCAAGGUUGGAUUCCAGUAUUUGUCAGGAGAUAUAAGUGGCAGCAAUGCACGCUGCAUUGCAAUGCUUCAAGCAAUCCGGGAGGCCAUUAUAGACUACUCUGUACCACCUGGGAAAGCUCUUGUUAGAGACUUAACAUCUAAAAUCGGUAGCUAUGUUUCAUUUCUUAUCGAGUGCCGGCCCCUCUCAAUCAGCAUGGGGAACGCCAUUAGAUAUCUAAAGAAUCGAAUUGCCAAGUUGCCCUUAACCUUGUCUGAAUCAGAAGCAAAAGCAACUGUGGUGGCUGAUAUUGACCGGUUCAUACAUGACAAGAUCAUUCUGGCAGAUAAGAUGAUAGUAAAGCAUGCAGUAACCAAGAUCAGGGAUGGUGAUGUUCUCCUCACGUAUGGAUCAUCCUCUGUAGUUGAAAUGAUACUGUUACAUGCACAUGAGCUUGGGAAGCAGUUCAGAGUUGUAGUAGUCGACUCUCGACCCAAACUUGAAGGCCAGUUGUUGCUUCGGAAGUUGGUAGGAAAAGGCCUCAGCUGUACAUAUACUCAUAUAAAUGCGAUCUCAUAUAUCAUGCAUGAAGUGAGUCGAGUUUUCUUGGGAGCAUCUUCAGUACUUUCCAAUGGAACAGUGUAUUCGAGAGUUGGAACUGCAUGUGUUGCCAUGGUUGCCCAUACUUUUCAUGUGCCAGUAAUGGUCUGUUGUGAAACAUACAAGUUCCACGAGAGGGUCCAGCUUGAUUCAAUAUGCUCGAAUGAGCUCGGUGAUCCUGAUGUCAUUUGCAAAGUUCGUGGUAGGGAUGAGAUUAACUUUUUGGAUGGUUGGACCAAUGGAAACAAUCUGCAGCUCCUGAAUCUGAUCUAUGAUGCAACGCCUUCUGACUAUGUUUCAAUGAUAAUCACCGACUAUGGCAUGGUUCCACCAACCAGUGUACCAGUUAUUGUCCGGGAAUAUCGGAAAGAACAACUGUGGAUAUAGCUGACUCUCUGUGGGAUCGCUAUCAGGGAGGGUUCUCACACAUUUUUCUCAGGGAGGCUACUGAAUAUCCAUGUUCUGCAAGGGAAGCGUGGAUGAUAACACCAGUAAACUUUUCACUAAAUUUUGAUCUCUUUCACCUCAGUAAUUUGGUCUCCCUUAUCCUUUUGGUGUCGUUGUGGACGAAUCCGUAAGAAAUGGUAUUAUGAGUUUUCUGGGGUUCUAGUAUAAUCCACUGACUCAGUGAAGAGUGUAUCUUUGCCUCUCCGAGCAGAUCUUGCCAUUCAACAAUUUCCGUUGUAUCGUGUAUCCCAAACACAGUUCAUUCGGCUCACAAAUCGGAACUGCAUUCUGGGAAGUUUUGAUAUUCUGUGGAGCUAUUCGAUCUGUUCGCAAUUUUGUAACGCGACUCGCUAGUUCAGCCUCUCUUCCUAAUUGAUCUGUAACUGGAAUGAUUCAAUGUACACUCGUAAUCCACUAUGAAAUGUAACAGUCGUUCGUUCUUGCUUCUUAUAUCUCUGAACCGGUACAGCAAAGUUUUGACAAAUUCAGACACGGGAAAGGAGCAAACAGAGAGAGACAAUUAACAGUAAGUAGCCAAACUUGAUCAAUGAAUUACAUUCAUAAAAGAACCAUAAAAGGUGCAAGUGCGAAAGUUUGCACAUCCUUAAAUAGCAUUUCGGUGUAAGCUGCCCGAGUGAGUUAACCUCACUUUCCCAGCAUUCACACAGCUAUCAAAUGCAGAAUGGUGUUAGAGGCUCCUGUAGUGAAGCCCGGUGUGUUAUGUGCAGUAGGCGAGCCUCGAUCUACAGGACGAUUCAAGGUGUGGUUCCUAAUCCGUGGCGUUCCUGGGCAUUUCUGCUUUGCCGUGAAGAGGACUUAUCGUCGCCAGAACAACAAAGCCACCAAGAAUGACGAUCAAGACUCCCAAUGAGUUCACCAUCAGAGCUUCAGUUGAAUAACGUGAUAUCACGUUGUUCACUUGAAGGAACGUGGCUUUCUCCAAGAGACCAGUUGUAGCUGUAACAAUAGCGAGCGCAUAUAUAAAGACUCCGAAAAAGACAUGCCAUGGCAUCAAAGUCGCUCUGCUGUUUCUCGAACCACCUGGAUACCAAAAGGUCACAAACCCAGCUGCCCACUGCAUCAAAACACAAGAAAAUCAUUUCCUGCUAAUUGAGUUGGGACCCAUGAAAGCACAUGAUGGUGUCGUAACUUCAGAACAGGAAAGGGCCGAUGGAAGACAGACCUGAACGAUGAAGAGGAAAACACAUGCAAGACCUAACCACGAGUGGAGACUGUAGAAGUUGUCAAUGCCCUUGUCAUUGUGGAACUUCAGUGCUGCCCACACACCGAUCAAGCUCAGGAAGAGGGCGAGAAACUGCACCGCGAGAUGCACGAGUUUCUUGAAGUUUUUUGUUCCUGGGACCGUCUUGUAGGCCAACAUGGCUUCACCAUUCAUGAGUAGUAGCCCGAUUACCAUAAGAACUGGAUGAACAUUGAAGAUGAGAUCUUUGUUGUCGGAGACGAGAGCCAAUCCUCCCCUGUAAUGUACCGUCCACGUCAGAACCAAGCCGGCGACGAUCGCCCCAAGCAGCCGGACUACGAUGAAGAUGGGGAACCUGGCCACAGGAACCGCCGCCAUUUCUCUUUUUACUGUGUUGCAAACGAGAGAAAUCCGGCGUUUUGACGAAUGCGAAGACUUAGGAUUGGUGUCGUUUUAUUAGGGUUUUUGAGAUGGAAGAAGUAAUUGGGGUGAUUUUGGAUCUGGUGCCUGCCUUUCUCCUCUCUCUUGUUCGUUCUUCCGCAGAGAAAUUGGAAGCAAGGAACGUUCCCAGUUCAGUUGGCCACGUUACCGGAGAAGCCCCACGUCAGGCGAUACCUUACGCCGCGGAUUUCACAAGUCACCAAGGAAUUCCCCUUCCAUUAGAAGC